ACCCCAUACCCAAGUCGGAGGCAGAGCCUGCGGGUGGCGCUUCUCAGGAACACUGGCCCUGCUACCAGAGCCCCAGGAGCCCCCAUGAGUGCGGACGAAGGAAGUCCUGGAUAGCGAGGCCCUGGCUGGCCCAGGGGUGGACAUUCCACCAUGCCACCCAUUCUCCAGCGCCUGCAGCAGGCCACCAAGAUGAGCCGCAGGAAAAUCCUGCUGCUGGUGCUAGGGUGCAGCACCGUAACCCUCCUCAUCCACCAGGGGACGCAGCUCAGCUGGUACCCCAAGCUGUUCCCCCUGAGCUGCCCACCCCUGCGGGACCCACCAUCGCGUCCCAAGCACAUGACCGUGGCCUUCCUGAAGACGCACAAGACGGCGGGCACGACGGUGCAGAACAUCCUGUUCCGCUUUGCCGAGCGUCACAACCUGACGGUGGCCCUGCCGCACCCGAGCUGUGAGCACCAGUUCUGCUACCCGCGCAACUUCUCUGCGCACUUCGUGCACCCGGCCACGCGGCCGCCGCACGUGCUGGCCAGCCACCUGCGCUUCGACCGCGCGGAGCUCCAGCGCCUCAUGCCGCCCGGCACCGUCUACGUCACCAUCCUGCGCGAGCCGGCCGCCAUGUUCGAGUCUCUCUUCAGCUACUACAACCAGUACUGCCCGGCCUUCCGGCGCGUGCCCAACGCAUCGCUCGAGGCCUUCCUGCGCGCGCCCGAGGCCUACUACCGCGCGGGCGAGCACUUCGCCAUGUUCGCGCACAACACGCUGGCCUACGACCUGGGCGGCGACAACGAGCGCAGCCCGCGCGACGACGCCGCCUACCUGGCGGGCCUCAUCCGCCAGGUGGAGGAGGUCUUCUCGCUGGUCAUGAUCGCCGAGUACUUCGACGAGUCGCUGGUGCUGCUGCGGCGCCUGCUGGCCUGGGACCUGGACGACGUGCUCUACGCCAAGCUCAACGCGCGCGCCGCCGGCUCCCGCCUGGCCGCCAUCCCCGCAGCGCUGGCGCGGGGGCGAAUCCCCCGCCUCGGCCCUUCCGAGUGCUGCCCCGCGGCCCCCAGGGUCCCUGAGUUCCGCCCGCCUUCUCGGAGUUUGAGUCCUCCUGCCCUGCCCUCCCAGGAGUCCAGCCUGGGGCCGCAUCCAGCUCCCGCCCCAUCAGGGCCCUUUCUUCCAGAGGGGCUUGACCCCCUCACCGAACUUGGGGGUGCGUCUCCCUAUCUGAGCCCUCCUCCCUAG